AUGAAGGAAUAUUACUUAGUCGCAACCAUUGUCGCCGCCCUUUUCGGCAUUGUAUCACUUCUCGCUUUUUCAAGAUGGAGUAGCAUGUCCAGAUCGAAUUCUUCACCCCACUCUUCAAAAAGACACUCAGCCAGAAGAUUAGAAGACAAGCAACAAUCCACAUUCUCAGUGGACAAAGAAUCCGAUUUCCCAAUUGACUGGUUUACGUCUUCGGAAAUCUUCGCUCUGGAAACGAGAGCUAUAUUUUGCAAGUCUUGGAUUUUUCUGGCCCACUCGUCCCGUUUCGCAAAGCCAGGCGACUAUCACACUUUUUCCUUUUCCAACUACUCGGUUUUUCUCAUUAUGGGGAAGGACCGGAAAAUACGCGCUUUUCACAAUGUAUGUCGGCAUCGAGCAUACAGUAUUACCAAGAAAGAAUCUGGUAGCAGUACAGUGUUAGGGUGCAAAUAUCAUGGAUGGAGUUAUAACACGAAAGGCCAUCUUGUGAAAGCACCCAUGUUUGAUGGCGUAGCUGGCUUUAAGAAAGAUGAAAACAGCUUAUUUGAAAUUGAGACAAGGGUGAGUGGUAGUGGUGCAGUAUGGAUUAAUCUGGACACGGAGUUCUCAAAUCAAAAUCUCAAUGACAAUGAAGGCGAUUUUGAACCAUUUUUGGAUUUGAAAACGCAAAGCUCGAGAUGGGUCGAGGGAGGGACUGUAGAAAGUGGCUUCAAUUGGAAGAAAGCUGUUAAUCCGAAGUUAUUCAACGUUGGCUGGCCCAAGGUUUCCACGUUCUCAGCGUUUAAUCUGUUGAAAAAUGAUCCUAUCGAAACAUCAGGAAUCCAUGUGUUUCCUAACGCAAUUAUCUACAAAAUUCCUGGCACUAAAAUCUGGUACUCAGUUAUUCUUCUCCCAUCAUCCCCUGGUAAGACCCAGAUUCGGUACGAUAUCUACUCUGGUUCGGCCAAGCCACAGCCGUCUAUCGAGGCGGCCAUUACGAGACAAAUCGAAGAAGUGAUUAGUACCAAGACAAAAGACCUCGAGUAUUCCAGCUUCCUCAUUCAUACUAAAACAGAUAAAAUUUUAGAUAACCAAUAUGAUAUUCUUCUUUCCAUGAAAUCACACUCACGAAUCGAGAAAACGCUGGGGCGACAAGUAAGUCCAGUGUUACAAAAAUCGAAAACUAGUCAAAAAUUUCUUCAAGCCGAGAUAUUAUGCAAGCAGUUGGAUUGUUUGGGCCAAGGAAUCGCAGAAGACUCUACAAAAGGGAUGGAGGUUCUCGCCUGGUAG